AUGAAUUCGUUACUGAGUGCGUAUGCAUCCGGAUCAGACGAAGAAGACGAUCGCCAGCUUGAAUAUGGACCCCGAAGACCCGAUUUCCCUCCUUCGAAACGGCAAAAACCCGAUUAUUCUGACCCAAAUUUCAGAUAUAUACCACCUGACCGCCCCGUCUCGGCAACAAUUCUUCCAACCGAAGCUCCUCUUCCCGGAAGGUACGUGUCGAAACGAGAGCGAGCUGCCUUGGCUUCUGCAAAUGUGGUGUCUGACCCAAACCCGACAACCCAGAUUCCCCUUCCAUCUCCAGUAAUGGGAACGCUAUCGGUGUCCGGCUGGCCAAGUACAAUCUUGUCAAAGUUGAGACAACAAACGAGACGUGCAGCACGAUUGGGCCAUUUGCCUGAAGGAUUGUCCGUAACUCUGAGUGGGCAUACGAAUUCUGUAAAUACUGUUCAAUGGUCCAGAAUCCAUGCUCACCUUCUUGCGUCUGCUGGAAUGGAUCAAACUGUCAAUAUAUGGAACGUGUGGAGCAGCAAGCAGAAGAGAGCUCGUGUGCUGAACUUUCACAAGGCUGCCGUGAAGGAUGUGAAGUGGUCAGAGCAGGGAUUGUCUGUGCUUUCUUGUGGAUAUGAUUGCUCAUCCAGGUUAAUUGAUGUGGAGCGGGGAAUAGAGACUCAAAUUUUUAGGGAGGAUCAGGUAGUGGGAGUAGUAAAGUUUCAUCCAAACAAUUUCAACCUUUUCCUCUCGGGGGGGUCAAAGGGACUUCUUAAACUGUGGGAUGUCAGGACAGGAAAAGUUGUCCAUGAAUAUACACGGAACCUUGGACCAAUUUUAGAUGUAGAAUUCUCCAUUGAUGGCAAGCAACUGGUUUCUUCAAGCGAUGAGUCGAGGAGCAAUCUCAGUGAAAAUUCAAUCCUUGUUUGGGAUGUUUCAAGGCAAAUUCCAUUAUCUAAUCAGGUUUAUGUUGAGGCAUAUACAUGUCCAUGUAUCAGAUUUCAUCCUGUGGAUCCUUAUUUUAUUGCACAAUCGAAUGGAAAUUACAUUGCAAUUUUUAGUUCCAGUUACCCCUUCAGACUUGACAAGUACAAGAGAUAUGAAAGUCACGGUGUAUUUGGGUUCCCCAUUAAAUGUAAUUUCAGUUUAGAUGGAGAUUUGAUAGCCUCUGGUUCUUCUGAUGGAUUUAUAUACUUUUAUGACUCUAAAUCAUCUAGGCUUGUCAAAAAGAUUAAAGCUAGUGGACAACCCUGUGUGGAUGUCGCUUUUCAUCCUGUGAUGCCUGGUGUCAUUGCUACCAGUAGUUGGAAUGGAGAAGUUUUUGUGUUGGCUUGA